AUGAAGCACCGCAACGCGUUUCGCAAGCUGGGUCGCGCGAGCAGCCAUCGAUGGGGAUUGCUCCGCACCAUGGUGUCUCAGCUUAUUCAGCACGAGCGGAUUGAAACCACAGUCGCCAAGGCUAAGGAGUUGAGGUCUGUUGCGGACCGAAUGGUCACUCUUGCAAAGGAGGGCACGCUGCAAUCACGCAGAGAAGCUGCAGCAGUGGUGAGAGGGAAGGACGUGCUGCAGAAGCUUUUCUACGACCUGUCAGAGAGAUACAAGGAUAGAGCAGGAGGCUACACUCGAGUGCUUCCAACUAGAACACGCGUUGGGGAUGCAGCCCCUAUGGCUUAUAUCGAGGGGCAUCGAAAGUCCAUCCGUCUGCUGCACAUGGACCGUCCAGACGAGCUUCGUCGCAUCCGACCUCUCAUCAAUUCCCCUCAGGAGAAAUUAAGCUCCCGGGUGCUGUCUCUUCCUGUGUCUCUCUCUCUCUCUGCCUCUUCCCACCUCCCUCUCUCUGCCUCUUCCCACCUCCCUCUCUCUGCCUCUUCCCACCUCCCUCUCUCUGCCUCUUCCCACCUCCCUCUCUCUGCCUCUUCCCACCUCCCUCUCUCUGCCUCUUCCCACCUCCCUCUCUCUGCCUCUUCCCACCUCCCUCUCUCUGCCUCUUCCCACCUCCCUCUCUCUGUCUCUUCCCACCUCCCUCUCUCUGUCUCUUCCCACCUCCCUCUCUCUGUCUCGUCCUACGCGUGUCUCCAUGCCUCUGCAGGUACAUCGAUCAACCCGAUGAGCUUCACCGCAGCCGCCCCCCUUCAGUCCCUCCACCUCCCUCCAAGCCCCAGGCCCCCUAGGUACAUUGACCGGCCAGAUGACCUUCGUCGCAGCAGGCCCCCAUCGAUUCCACCACCUCCAUCUGAGCCGAGGCCCCCUGGGUGCUCUUUGCCCUCAGAAGACACUGCCUUCACCCCCCCCCCCCCCCCCCCCCCCCCCCCCUCUCCCCCUCCCUCCUCCUCCCACCGUCUCUCUGUGUCACUCUCUCGUCCAUGCCCCACCACCAGGUACAUUGACCGACCCGAUGAGCUUCGUCGCAGCCGGCCCCCAUCGAUUCCACCGCCCCCCUCUGAGCCCCAGGCCCCCUGGGUGCUCUCCUCUCUCAGGAGACACUGGGCUCCCCCCGCUGCUUCGGUACCACCUACUCCUGAUAAUGCUUCUGCCUCUGCUUCUGCUGCUGGAGAGAAAUCGGGUCAUCCAGCCUAG